AUGUUCCAAUUAGCACAAACGUUUCAUGCUCUCAACAAGGCAGUAGUCUUAUUGCAAGGGGUAUAUAACCAAGGGCCUCCACAAAUUUCUCCUACCCAAAGAUCUUUCCCAUAUAUUAAUUCUUUUCAAACAUUAGAUGGACAAAUGCUUGAAUUUAAUUACAAAUCUAAACUUCAUGGCUUAGUAUUUAAUGUUGAAAGGAGUAAUGAUUACAGCUGUACACUUCCAAAGGAUUUACUUGUGAAGUUUGCACAGGAUUAUGGAGUUAAUGCACAUGAGGCUUGUGCAGAGAUGGGUAUUGCACCCCAGUUAUUUGGUUGUUAUAGUGUUUCAGGAGGAUGGAAGGUAGUUGUCAUGGAGUACAUGAAAGAUGAUUAUUCCAACUUGGCAGAAGAAUAUUAUGAACCAUCUUGUGUGGAUGAAAUCAAGAAGUCUGUAAAAGAAAAAGUUGAAAAAAUGCAUGCAAAGGGUUUUGUACAUGGUGACUUAAGACAAGUCAAUAUUCUUAGGCAAAAACAUAAUGGAAAUAUUGUACUUGUUGAUUUUGAUUGGGCUGGUAGAAUUCAUGAAGCUAAAUACCCUUUAUAUAUGAACCCUAAUCUUCCUCGCCAUCCUGAUGCAACAUAUUUAGGAGAAAUUACUACAGGGAUGGUAGAACAUCUUUUUCCAAAAACAAAGGCUUUCACACAAUAG